AAUUUUUAGAAACUAAAAGAAAAUGAGCUUCACACUAAAGUUUCUGCUACUUCUGCGUCUACUUGUCUUGAGUCACCAUGCUCAUUCUGGCUCUAUAGUCAAAUUUCUUCCUGGUUUUGAAGGCCCUCUUCCUUUCGAACUCGAAACCGGGUACAUUGGUAUUGGUGAGGAAGAGGAAGUGCAAUUGUUCUACUAUUUCAUCAAAUCUGAGAAAAAUCCAAAAGAAGACCCUCUUCUUCUAUGGUUAACUGGAGGGCCUGGAUGUUCCUCUCUCACUGGCCUUCUUUUUGAGAAUGGACCGGUGGCUUUGAAGUUUGAGGUUUACAAUGGAAGUGUUCCAUCUUUGGUCCCUACUACAUAUUCAUGGACUAAGAUGGCGAACAUAAUAUUCUUGGAUCAGCCAGUUGGAGCUGGCUUCUCCUAUUCAAGAACUCCACUUGUUGAUAAAAUUAGUGACACGGGUGAAGUUAAAAGGAUCUAUGAGUUUCUUCAAAAGUGGUUAAGCAAACAUCAACAAUUUUUUUCCAAUCCUUUUUAUGUUGGCGGAGAUUCUUAUUCCGGUAUGGUUGUUCCCGCCCUAGUUCAAGAAAUUGCAAAAGAUACUGAAUCUGAACAGAACUAUCAGAUUCCAUAUGCUCAUGGAAUGGCAUUAAUCUCUGAUGAACUAUACGAGUCAAUGAAGAGAAUCUGCAAAGAAAAUUAUGUGAAUGUGGAUUCACUUAACACAAAAUGCUAUAAACUCAUCAAAGAUUAUCAAAAGUGUAUUCAUAAGCUGAAUAAGUAUCAUAUAUUAUUACCUGACUGCGAUAUAACAUCUCCUGAUUGCUUUUUAUAUAGGUAUUCUCUCAUGACCUUUUGGGCCAACGACAAGAGCGUUCGCGGAGCUCUGCAAGUCACUAAGGGAAGUAUAGGAGAAUGGGUGCAAUGUAACUAUAAAAAUAUUUCGUACAAUUACGACAUCAAGAACAGUGUCGCAUACCAUAUGAAGAAUAGUAUUGAUGGCUACCGAUCUCUUAUCUACAAUGGUGACCAUGAUAUGAUGGUGCCUUUCCUUGCAACUCAAGCCUGGAUAAGUUCUCUCAAUUAUUCAAUCACUGAUGAUUGGAGGCCUUGGAUGAUAAACGAUCAAAUCGCUGGAUACACAAGAACUUAUUCCAAUAAGAUGACAUUUGCUACUAUCAAGGCAAGUCUUCUUGUUUCAACUAAACAUUUUUAUUUCAUUGCACUGCAAUAAAAUUAUGUUUUUAAUUAAUUGUUUGGAGUAUA